UUAGAGUUUCUGCUGUGAGAGGGAGAGAAAGAGAGAGGGAGAGAGACAUUGUCUCUUCGAAACUCGCGGCUUGCUUCUGCAUACAACAGAUACCUUCUUUGGAGCUUCUUCGAAAGGAAUAGCUAAAGGAAAAUGGGGCUUAAUUUCACGAAGUUGUUCAGCCGGCUUUUUGCCAAGAAAGAAAUGAGGAUUCUGAUGGUAGGUCUUGAUGCUGCUGGUAAGACUACUAUCCUGUACAAGCUGAAGCUUGGCGAAAUCGUUACCACCAUCCCUACCAUCGGAUUCAAUGUGGAGACUGUUGAAUACAAGAACAUCAGCUUCACUGUUUGGGAUGUUGGGGGUCAGGACAAGAUUCGUCCUCUGUGGAGGCACUACUUCCAGAACACUCAAGGUCUUAUAUUCGUCGUUGAUAGCAACGACAGGGACCGAGUUGUGGAGGCGAGGGAUGAGUUACAUCGCAUGUUAAAUGAGGAUGAGCUGAGGGAUGCUGUCCUUCUUGUGUUUGCAAACAAACAAGAUCUUCCCAAUGCAAUGAAUGCUGCUGAAAUAACUGACAAGCUUGGUCUUCACUCUCUUCGCCAACGCCAUUGGUAUAUUCAAAGCACUUGUGCCACAUCUGGAGAAGGUCUAUAUGAAGGCCUUGAUUGGCUCUCCAACAAUAUUGCUGGCAAGGCAUGAUGAAGCUGCUGGAAUACAUUUUGCACUUGGAAGAGACCAUUAGUCAUUGUGGAGCAGAAAGAAUGAAGAAGAAAGAAGUAUUAUGUCUGAUUUUACAACAGUUUAUAGUAUAUUAGUAUCCGUUGAUGUUUGCGUCGUUGUGUGUGCGUGUAGUUUUCUAAACCAACCUCAACUUUUUUACUUGUUAAAAACGAAUUUGUGAUAGUUCUCGCUUUUACCGUUUUAUUUGUAAUUGUAACUAAGCUUAUGAAAAUGCUCUUCGUAAAGCAGUAGCUAUGUCAUAUGUUACCUUUUUCCGUAUAGAA